CUUGAUAAUUUCUCUCAACUCAGUGUACUUUGUGUAAGAAGAGCAAUUAUCUAGUGUGCAAAUACUUCAAUUCAAAUGAGCAAAUGGAUUAUACUUUAUUUGGGUUUCUCCUUUCCGUCAUUUAAGUUGAAGGGCAAAUUUUUCCAGUCAACUAUAUAUAUUUCCAUUCCUUAUUCCUUGUGCCAUUCAACAUUGGCCAAGUAGGGAGUAUUACUAUUCAUAACUAUUGAGACCCUUGUAAUGAAUGUUUUGACCUUCAGCAUCUUUUCCAAAUGUGCACGAAGAGUAAGUGACAGAGCUUUUCGCAACCCCUCCGAUGUUGAACCUUUCACGUAAGAGAAAAAGAAUUUGUCCUUGGAAAGCGUAAUUUAAAAAGCACAUUGCUUGAGAUAAUUGAUUGGUAUGAAAAGUUAAUAAUGAGUGACUAAUAUAUGAAAUGCUGCUGGUGAUACAAGUGGUCUGAACUGUUUAUCUGCAACUAGUCUGACUGGAGCGGUAGGAGGAACUUCAUUUGAUGAACAAGCACCAUCAAAAGAGCUUAGUGGCAAAGUGGAGGGCACCCAUGGCACAAAAACCUGUUCUUCAAGAAGGAAACUUAACUCUUUGAGACCACGAAAUUUCGUCACACUGAAAAAAGCUCGUAGUACUCUGAGAAAUGGCUCUUUGAGGAGGAGUAAAAGGACUAAGAAGUUAGUAGAUGAUUCUAAGAAACAUGAGGUAGCUUUACGUACUUCCUUUUCAAAUGGUAGCAUAGAAGAGAUUGAUUCUGAAAUUGCAACAGCAGAUUCUGAUACCUCAAGUUUCAAUGAAGGCAUCAGUGUAGAAUCUGGUUGCAAACUUGAGCCUUGGUUCCUCUAGCAUGUGGAAGAGGAGGUAGAGUUUAAUCACAAGCUUUAUUUCAGUUGUAUUGGUGUGAUACUGAAGAAGAACAAGAGGAAACAAAACAUGAAAAGAUUUCUUAAUUGUUCAACUGCAGCAGGUUUUGAAAAGAUGACCGAAUGUUUUGUCAAGAAUGUCAAUGAAAAUGGUGAUGAGCACUUGCCACUUUUCAAAAGAGCAAGAGUUCACAUGGGAAGGUCAUCUCUUAUGCUUGAGGAACUUGUUUUUUUUAAUAGAGGAAGGACAGAGUUGUGUAAUAGCCCCAACAGAGUAGUAUACUGGGUUGCUGUAUGAAGGAUAUAGUGUUAUUGUUCAAUACUCUUUUCCAUUGAAUAAAUGCUCUAUUAAUGUGGGAUAGUUAUGCAGUAGAGAAUUUGGUGCUUCAAUUGCUGGUGAAUCUGCUUUGCUCCAUCUAAACGUCUUCAUCGUGCUUUACAGGCCAUGUCAGUUAUGCAGUAGAGAAUUUGGUGCUUCAAUUGCUAGUGAAUCUGCUUUGCCCCCUUUUGCUUUUUCAUCAAAUGAAGUUCCUCCUACCGCUCCAGUCAGACUAGUUGCAGAUAAACAGUUCAGACCACUUGUAUCACCAGCAGCAUAUUUCACCUUUUGACAAGAAUUAUGUGGUUCUGUCGGCAUUUCAUAUAUUAGUCACUCAUUUUUCAACUUUUCAUACCAAUCAAUUAUCUCCUUCCCAGAUUAAUCAUCUACUUCACGUCAGCAGAAGUUUCUGAUUUUCUGCUUGAUAAACCAAAGGCUGCAUACAAAAUGAGUAGGAAAAGGGAAGUGAAUGCUGCUCUGUCUUAUUUUGAAUAUAUUUUAGGAGCGCUGACUCGGACUAAGAAAAGCAUUCUAAGGACUGCAAAAUUUGGGUUGCUACUAAGGUGGCUGAAAUUAUUUCCUCUAGUUGGGAAUGCGAGUCCAAUUUACAUAGAAGAUUAUAUUUAUUUUUUAUAGUGGAUUCUAUUGUUCAGAGUUCAAGAAGCUUGACAGGUGAUAUUGGUGCAAUAUACCCUUUAGCUAUCCAAACACUAUUACCAUGCGUGUUAGAACCAGAGGCAGUGCUUCAAAGCAAUGGUUUCUUUAGCUCUUCACUCGUCUUGCCAUUUUUCUGAAUUCGCUUGGAUAUCGACCCGAUGAUUUGCUAUCUUGUAGAUCUCAUAACAGAGCUGCAGUCAUUAUCUGUUGUUCUUCUGGAGGUGCAGUCUUCCGCCCCCUUUAAGAACAGCGUUCUUUUGAUGAUCCAAUUCCAGAAAUUUAGGAUAUGAUGGUAGAUGAAUAUGGAAGAUGGGCCGCACCAAACAGACCUCCAAACGACAGCACAGGGGCCGGCUCAAGCCGAGCUGGACAAAGUGGGAGCCGUCAGCCGGCUGCCCCAUAUAUGCCUCAGUUCGUGGACGAGGCGCAAAGGCAAAAAUAUGAGGAGCUGAUGAACAUGAGUGUGAGGCAAAGAUUGUAUCCCCAUUUACCCACCUUAGGGCAGGUCGGCAUACGGGAUGAGGUCAUGCAGCUCCUCCAUCGUAAUUGGUGGCAACACCUCUUUUUCGGCAUCAAUGAGCCCACAUACAAAGAGAUCACAUGUGAGGUGCUGUCUUCUUUCAAGGCACCCAAGACCUUUGACAACAUUUUUCUGUCGGUGAUCAAAUUCCGAGCUUUCGGUGAGUCUCACAUCAUAUCGGUGAGCGACAUUUCAACACAUCUUGGCUUCAAUACUCUAACUGACGUGGCCCGGUUUGAGGGGAGCUUACUAGACAUUCCCCCAGAAGUAAACCGGAAAGACUUCUGGAAGUCUAUAGCCCCUGGUGUCGGUGAUUACAAACCCCAGACUGCACCCAGCACUACACUUCACCCAUUCCAGUUCCGGGUGGUCCACGCCCUCCUUAGCUCUACCGUUUCCGGGUGGUCCAUGCCCUCCUUAGCUCUACUGUCUCUGGUGCAUGAUCAACGAGAGAAGGCCGAUCUUUGGAGCUUUAUUCGCAGGCCUGUUCCUCAUACAGGCUAAUUAUCGAGUUAAGGCGAUUUUCGCCGGUCCUUACAUCAUGCGCUUGCUGAAAGGAAUGGGGUACGAAGAUCGGUUUGAGGGGAUGACCCGGAUAGAUAGCACUCAUCCGAUGAAGAAGCUGCCUAAGAUUAUUCCGUUGAGGGCGCAGGAACAGGGCGCAGGAGCGACAGAGGGGAUCAUGGAGACAAUGAAGAGGAGGAUGUGGAGCAUGGAGAGCACGAGCAUAGAGAGCGCGAGAUGAAGCACGAGAUGACGCACGAGGUCCCUUAUGUGCCCCCUCCCCAGGGUUACGUUUAUCCCAACACCUGGGAGGGGAUGCAUCAGCAUCAAGAAGAUACUUACAUACGACUCUACCGGCACCAGCAGCAGUUUUUCGCUGACAUCACCUCUGGCCUAGCCUCGAUCGACACGCGGCUGACAGCCCUGGAGAGUCGAUGGGAUGGCCAGCACACUGACGAGCACUACCCACCCCCUCCCCCAUUUUAGAUUGUUACAUGACAUUAUUAUUACACUACUUCACCGCACACUUUAUUACUUUGUCACUCUUGUUUGUG